AUGAUACUUCAGGCGCUUCUCAAACAUUUGCCCUUUGAGCUAAACCCCACCUUGUACGUCUCUCUCUUCUGCUUCAUCAUCCUCAUCUCUGUGCUUAUCAAACUACAUAGAACCACAAGAAAUGAGCCCAAUCUUCCUCCAUCCCCACCUAAAUUUCCAUUUAUAGGCAAUCUUCAUCAGCUUGGUAUUCUGCCUCACCGUUCCCUCACAGCUCUCUCCCACAAGUAUGGCCCCCUCAUGUUACUCCGAUUCGGUCAAACCCCAACUCUGGUGGUUUCUUCCGCGCACUUUGCCAGAGAAAUAGCAAAAUCCCACGACGUCGUUUUCUCCGAUCGGCCUCAAACCACCGCUGCAAAAAUACUUCUCUAUGGAUGCAAAGAUGUGGGUUUCUUACCCUAUGGUGAAGAGUGGAGGCUCAAGAGGAAAAUCUGUGUUCUUGAGCUUCUCAGCCUCAAAAGAGUUCAGUCCUUUCAGUACAUCAGAGAGGAGGAAGCUGCGAACUUGGUGGCUAAGAUUCGUCAAGCAUGUGGUCAGCUUAAUGAUAGGCUGUCCGUGAAUAUGUCUCAGAUGAUUAUUGCAACUUCAAACAAUAUUGUGAGCAGAUGUCUUCUUGGACAGAAGUUUGAUGCAGCGGAUGGUAAAAGCAGUUUUGGGGAAGUAGCGAGGAAAGUGAUGGUUCAAAUGGCAGCUUUCAGUUUCGGAAACUUCUUUCCCUCGUUGAGAUGGAUGGAUGUUGUUACCGGAUUGAUUCCAAAGCUGAAUGCUACGUUUAGAGAAUUAGAUGCUUUCUUCGAUGAUGUGCUCGCUCAACAUAAAGCAGCUGGAAGGAGUGAAUCAGAUGAAGAUCACAAGUCAGAAAAGAAAGACUUUGUUGAUAUUCUCCAUCAACUUCAACAAGACGAUCUGCUAGACUUCCAGCUUACCCGAUCAGACCUCAAAGCCAUGAUAAUCGAUUUGUUCGUUGGAGGAAGUGACACUACUUCAACAGCUCUGGAAUGGGCCUUUGCAGAGCUCAUGAAGAAUCCAAGGGCAAUGAAGAAAGCACAGCAAGAGGUGAGAAGAGUGAUGGGGAAUAAGUCAAAAGUGGAAGAAAAUGAUGUGAAACAAAUGAAGUACCUGGAAUGGGUGCUUAAGGAAACUUUAAGAUUACAUCCUCCCGUCGCGCUUUCGGUUCCAAGAGAGACAACUUCGGGUGUGACGUUGGGAGGGUACUAUAUUCCUCCAAAAACAACUGUAUUUCUGAAUGCAUGGGGAAUUCAGAGAGAUCCUGAAUUCUGGAAAAGACCAGACGAGUUUGAGCCGGAGAGAUUUGAGAACAACCAAAUUGAGUUCAAAGGUCAAGACUUUGAAUUUGUUCCUUUUGGUAUUGGAAGGAGGGGAUGCCCAGGAAUUUCAUUUGGGCUUGCAUCACUUGGGUACGUGUUAGCUAAUCUUUUGUAUUGGUUCGAUUGGAAACUUCCUGAACCUGGUAAAUUUGCUUAUCAAGACAUGGACAUGAAAGAGACAUUUGGGCUUACCGUCGUUAAGAAACUACCAAUUUUUGUCCAACCAAUACCGUACCAUAUGCCUAUAGCAACUUAAUUUUGAUAACAAAGUUCGUGAUUGGUGUUUCGGAUUCGUGGUUUCAAGUUAUUCUGAAUAAAGUUUGCUGCUAAGUUUCUGUGUUUGGAUUGUGCUCUUCCACCACACCAGUAAUGUUUAAUUUGGUUUACGAUUGAAUUGUAGUGAAAGUUGGAUGUGGGAUACUUGUACAGAUAUUUAGCUAUUGGAAUAAUACAAACUUUGAUCCUUGAAAUUUACUCU